AUGAAGCAUCCACCACACCGACUGAAACCCCAUCUCGGCCCCCGCGCGUCGCUGGAGGGGUGGGAAUGCGGCUUUGCGCCGAAAAUACUUUCCCCUCCGCCGGGGAAGCCAAUAUGCGGCGGCGCGGGGAGGGGGAGGAUUGAUGACGGACGGUUCAUUUUGGUAGAACACAACAACAACCAACAGUCGAAAUGGGAUAGAAUCCGAUCAAAACAGAUAUUGCAGAAAUGGGAGUUUAGAUUGAGAGACAUCUUACUGGUACCCCUACACUACUACAUGUAG